AUGGUGGUGCGUGACCAGGGGGAGAAGGUAGCUGAUGGUACGCAGAUGGAGGAUGGGUUUACGAUGGUUUGUCCAUCAGGAAGGAGGACAAGGGCCACGAAAGAUCAUGUCGGAUUCGCUGCAGGUGCCUCCGGUGAAUCUGGUUGGGUGAGGAUAUGGAGAGUGGGGAGAAUAUGGAAAGAGUAUUUACGACAAGGGAGGAUAAGGAAAAUGUUGACUCGCAAUUUCAAUUGCAGAAAGGGAAGAAUGUUGAACAAGGAAGUGUUGUUCGGUUUGGAGGUCAUGCCGAUAAGAGGAUAG